CAGUUUGGGAUUCUUUGGACUGUAUAUUUUAACGUUGAGCUUUUAGUUAACUUUACAUUAUAGAUUCAAGUUGAGUUAACUUGUACCGAGAGCAGAUCUUUGUUCUCUGUUUCACUUAUAGUUAUUAAGUUAAGCCAUAGCACCAGUCUAUAUUUUGUUUUAAUGUAACGUUUGCUGACGAAGUUCCGUUGUGUCCGUGUGAGCAGCCAUGUCCAGCAGGUACCCGAUAGUAGUGCAGGGCGAGGCCUCUGAGACCGACUCUGACGAUGAGGUCUACAUCACCUCCCUGCCUGCUCCACAAACCGCCACAGUCGGAGCCAAGGUUGUCUUAAAGGCUGUGUGUUUGAGUGAGAGAGAGAGAAAAGUUCCUGGGGAGGCGUCUGAAACAGAUAGUGAGGAUGAGGAGGAGCAGGAGGACCGAGCCCCUGCACUGAGCACGGAGAGCUCCCAAAUACUCAGGAGAGACCUGCCUCCUCUGAUCGUAGUUAGAGACCAUCCUGAUAUACAGUCGAUAGUGGAAGACAGGCCAAGCCCCAUACACAGACUGUCUGGUGACACCCUUUUACAACAGAAGCUGCAGGAAUCGAACAGCCGGCUGUAUUCUGACGUGGGACAGACAGUACGGCAGGUUUAUGGCAGUGCCAGUAAAGAGGUGCACAGUGCAACAGCUCAGCUGAAUACUUCGCAGAGCGCCAUCAUCAAUGUCUCCCACAGCAUCAGACUAAUCCUGGACGACCUGAAGGCUGUGUCCGAGAAGAUUGACAUCAUCACCAGCUGUCAAAUACUGCCUGAUAUUAACAUCAAUAAUCCAAACAAUUGUACUGCUCCUACAACAUAAACAAAUCAAUAUACUGUG